AUGACGAUGGAACUGCGUCGCUGUAUGACUCUUGAUGAUUCGUCCGCUGAAAAUAAAUUGGUCUUGGAGCAAGAAGAACUGAGAGCUCCCACCGCAGCUGAGAUGGGUUUCGACAAAGAGCCAUUUCGUCUUGGGACUCUGUCCAUUGUGGUUCUUGGAGCCACUGGCGAUCUUGCGAAGAAAGAAACCUUUCCUGCUCUCUUGGACUUGUUGGCUCAUGAAUAUUUGCCUUCCCAUGUGGCAAUUGUUGGCGUGGGCCGCACCAAGCAAGACACCAAUAGCUUUCGUGAGUGGCUUCAGAGCUGGUUGGUGAAGUCCUUUGCUGGUCAGAUGAAGCGAUGCAAAGAAGCCAUGCCAUCAUUCAUGAAGAAAGUCAGCUACUUCUCGGCAAACUAUGACAGUAAAGAAGACUUUGCCCGUCUGGCCGUGGCUUUGGAGACUGAAGAGACCCAAAUGUUCUUGGAUGGCAUUGGGAAAGAAGUCCCAACCGAAGCAAAUCGUGUUUUCUACUUUGCCAUUCCACCAUUCGCAUUCUUAGCGGCUGCCUCUUCCAUCAAGAGCACUUGCCUUUCCACUACAGGCUUCAACCGCUUGAUCAUUGAGAAACCAUUUGGCCAUGAUCUGACUUCUGCGAAAAAACUGGCGACAGACCUCGGCGCCUUGUACAAGGAAGAGAAUCUUCUUCGGAUGGAUCAUUUCUUGGGCUACGAGAUUUGCCAAAAUAUUCUUUCAGUGCGCUUUGGCAAUGCCUUUCUGGAACCAUUGAUGAACAGAAAUCAUGUUGCAGCUGUACGUGUCACCCUGAAAGAGGACUUUGGAACCGAAGGACGAGGUGGCUAUUUCACACACUAUGGCAUCAUCCGAGAUGUCAUUCAAAACCACUUGCUGCAGAUGGUGACCCUGGUUGCGAUGGAGAAACCCUGCAACGUCGGAGGAGAUAUCCGAGAUGCCAAAGUUGCAGUUUUAAAAGCGAUGUUGGAUGCAGAUCCAGAGGAGGUGAUUCUGGGACAGUUCACAGCAGCGAAUGGCAAACCUGGCUAUUUGGAGGAUGAUUCCAUUGCAGAGAAAGAUCGGGAGAAGGCCAAAUACUGUGCCACAUUUGCACAGCUAGUGCUGCGCAUCAACAAUGACCGCUGGUGGGGAGUGCCAUUUAUCAUCAGAGCUGGAAAGGGCUUGGAGGAGAGCAAGUGCGAAGUGAGGAUCCAGUUCAAAGAGAGUCACACCGACCCCAGGCUCUUCAAAGAGGAAUGUCCUCGGAAUGAAUUGGUGAUGAAGGUUUCUCCACAUGAAGCAAUCUAUUUCAAAUUCAACAUGAAGCAGCCAGGCUUGUCUCAAGGUGUAACCACCACGGAACUUGAUUUGUCUUACAACCAUCGCUACGAAGAAAUCUACCGCCCCUUGGCCUACACUCGGCUCAUUUUGUCGGGCGUGAGAGGGGAGCAGGAAAGCUUCGUCCGGGAUGAUGAGUUGAUCAGGGCCUGGGAGAUAUUUUCACCGCUGCUGGACAAAAUUGAAAAUGGCAAAAAGGAAGUUUUGAAGUAUCCGUUCGGAAGCCGUGGCCCUGCAGCCCAGAUGCCCUUCACAUCUGGGAUGGAUCCCAAGCCUUCGGCAGCUCCACACAUGGGAGGAUCUGCCCCACGACCUUCAGGCCGCAGAAAGGCACUGCUGAUUGGGGUCAACUAUUUUGGAACUCGUGCUGAGUUGCGAGGUUGCAUCAAUGAUGUGCACAACCUCUACAGACUGCUAACCGAAACCUAUGGCUGGCCAUCCCACGCCGUCAGAACGCUCACCGACGAUGGUCGAGGAAAUGGAGGGAUGCCGACGCGUCAGAACAUUACCCAGCACAUGCAGUGGUUGUCUGACGGAGCUCAAGCAGGAGACGUGCUAUUCUUCAGCUUCUCUGGCCAUGGUGCGCAGCAAGAAGAUCCUCAUGGAUACGAGGAGGACGGCAUGAACGAGACCAUUCUCCCUGUGGACUUUGAACGCGCCGGCAUGAUGACAGAUGAUGAGAUCAGCGACCUCAUGGUAAAGAGCCUGCCUGAAGGAGUGAGGCUUACUGGAAUCAUGGACUGCUGUCACAGCGGAAGUGGUCUGGAUCUUCCCUUUACUUGGGACCCUCGAAGGGGCAUGUGGCGAGAGGCCGUGAACCCGUUCCAUUGCAUGGGAGAUGUUCUCAUGUUCAGUGGAUGUGAAGACGAUGACACGUCUUCAGAUGCUGCCUCCAUGUAUUCGGCCCCUGGGGGAGCUAUGACGACUGCAUUCUGCGAUGUCCUGCGGAGAAAUCCAAGUCCGAUCUAUCCUCAGCUCUUGCAGAUGCUCCAUCAGCAUUUGAGUAGAGGAGGUUUUAGCCAGCGGCCCGUGCUCAGCUCUACUCAGCAGUUUUCGCUCGACCGGCCCUUCUCCUUUGAUGACAUCCAUCCGAACAUGAAUCCUCAACUUGGGCGCAUCUUCAGGCAGAAAUUCCCACCCAGGCCGAGAGCUAUGAGUGGCCCCCUGGCGGACAUGUUGGGACCUCUGGGAAUGCUGGCAGGUGGCUUGGUUGUUGGUGCCCUUGCCGGGGAAGUGCUGGAAGGUGGUUUUGGUUUACUGGGAGCCUUAUUCUGA